AAAAAUGGCUCACAAGAUCUCCUUCUUUCUCCCAUCCCUUGCCAUCCUAGCUACCCUGCAAAUGAUCGCCGCUGUUGACUACACCGUCACUAACCCGGCUGCCGCCACCCCUGGCGGCAUUAGAUUCACCAACGACAUCGGACACGACUACACUCUCCAAAUUCUCACCGCAUCCACCAGCUUCAUUUGGAACACAUUCCAACAAAACACAGAUGCCGACAGAAAGAACGUGGCACGAGUUAGUGUGUUCAUCGAUGACAUGGAUGGUGUUGCCUACACUGUGAACGACGAGAUCCACGUCAGCGCCAACUACAUUCAGGGAUAUUCCGGCGACGUCAAGACUGAGAUCACCGGAGUACUUUAUCAUGAGAUGACACACGUAUGGCAAUGGAAUGGCAGAGGUCAAGCUCCAGGAGGAUUGAUUGAAGGGAUUGCGGAUUACGUGAGGUUGAAGGCUGGCUACGCACCUAGCCAUUGGGUUCAGCCAGGAGAAGGUGACCGAUGGGACCAAGGGUACGACGUCACGGCUCGGUUCUUGGACUACUGUAAUGGUCUUAGAAAUGGGUUCGUGGCUGAACUCAACAAGAAGAUGAGAGAUGGCUAUAACGAUGGUUUUUUCGUCGAUUUGCUUGGGAAAACAGUUGAUCAACUAUGGGCUGAAUAUAAAGCCUAAAAGUACAAUCAUAAUUAAGCUUCACGAUAGAUGAAAUACCCAACUUUUAUAUGUAUUCUAAUAAUAUUUGAUGUACAACUAUAAAAAUAUAAUUUUAAAAACGUAUUUUGA